AUGGUCGGCUGCUCUUUUACCAAAGCUUGUGUGGAGCGCGGGUUGGGGCUGGUUAUUAAUAAUGGGGAGGAGGAUUUUGGUGCCUGGUUUGAAGCUUUCUGUAAUUCUCAUUUGACUGAGAAUAUUGAGAAGUUGUCAAUGAUUCUUUGGAGUGUUUGGGGGGCCCGUAAUGAUUUAGUCUGGAAUGAUAAGGCUAUUUCUGUGGAAAGAGUUGUUUCAUCUGCAAUUACUUACCUUGAUCUUUGGAAAUCUGCUCAAAAUAGUAAUGGAGGAGCUUCGUCUUCUUCUAGUCAGCUUCGUGCUGGUGUUGAGCACUGGAUUAAACCAUCUUUGGGAGAGUUGAAGGUUAAUUGUGAUGCUGCUCUAUUUUCUGGAGAAAGGAGUCAUGGUUUGGGUUGGAUUGCCAGGGAUCAUGCUGGUUUGUGUGUUGCUGCGGCUGCUGUCAAACACCGAGGAGAUAUUGAUCCUGUUGUUGCUGAGGCACUGUCCAUGAAGGAGGCUUUGAGUUGGAUUAAGUCCUGUUGGGAAGAUAGCAGGACUGUUGAGGGCUUGUGCCCUACAGCGGUAUUAUUGGAGUCAGAUUGUCUUGUGUUGGUUAAUGCUUUUAAUAGCAAGAGCCAUAUUCUGUCUCCUCUUGGUCUUAUUGUUUCGGAUUGUAUUUCUCUUAUACGAUCCUUUUCUAGUUUUGAUAUUUUAGUUCAGUUUGUUAAACGAUCUGGGAACCAAGCGGCUAACUGGUUAGCUCGUUCUUCUGGUUCAUAUCCUGAUCGUAUUUCCAGUAGGGGGUCUGUCCCUUCUGGUUUGGAAGCUAUUUUGUUAGCUGAUUUGCUUUAA